GUUAAGCCCUGAAGCCAACAGUCACACGACAGUAAACAUUCAUGUUAGCAGAGGGAGGAACAGCAGCUAGGGAGCACCAGGAGCAGCAGUGGGCAGCGAGACCCUCCUGACUGGAAACGUGAGUGAUGACAACGUUGUGAAUAACAAUGUAUUACCGCAGCUUCGUGGCAACAUUACAGCUGCGAGGAGCAGCAGCAAGGAAGCCAGUGACUUUGGCACAGAAAAGCCCCAUAGACCACUUCUGCAGAGCUUUCCUUUGUGCCUUUUCUCAGGGAAAAAAGGUCAUUCUGCAGUUCCUGGUGUGGAAGUUUUACCUGGCUGGGGUAUUCACUUCAAGCAGAUGCUGCAGACAGUCAAUAGAAUCUUGAGAAUCAAUCACAAGUAAGCUCAAGGGAAUGAAAUUCUGCCAUUCUGAUGAACUGGAUUUACAAUUUUGUUUUACUCUUCACCUAUUGUAACUUUUCUGUCAAUAUUUGUUUCAUUUAAUUGCAAUUCAUUGUGAUUAUAACAUACCUCGAGCCCCGUUUUAAUGCUGUAAUGUUUGGGAUAUGUUGUAAAUAAAGUUGUUUACAUUUGAAAAAAAGAAAAAAAAGAAAACUUUAAGAGAACGGAAUUGUGAUGUCACAAUGACAUCAUCAAAGCCCUUUAGAGUGAUGUCACAAUGACAUCAUCAUCAGCAAAGGCAUCUAGAAUUGAUAUAUAUACUGUAUAUGAGCUGAGCCACAGCUUGUUAUUCCAUAGAUUUGAUCUGAGACCACACCGUCUACAGAGAGCAUCUACUGAGGACCUUUACAGAGACCGCAUACAAAGAGCGUAUACAGAGACUGUAUACACAGAGCAUCUAGAGAGACCGUCCAAAGAGACCAGUCCAGAAGACUUGAGAGAUUUUUUUCACUGUUCUUCAUUUACAAACCACAAUGCAGAACAACAAGGAAACACAGCCCAUGAACUGGGCAGAUAUGAUGGAGUUGGAGGAUGUGGAGAUGAUUAACACAAUGCCAGGGGCCAGUGUUGACAGCAGCUGCCAGCAAAAACAACCAACGCAGCCCCCCACUCAGCCAGCAGCUCAGCAAAAACAGCAGGAGGUAAACAAGGUAUACCUGAACCCUCGUCAGAAAACCGUGGGAAUCCGCCUGAUUAACCACCAGGCCUCUAACCAAAGACAUCAGGGAGUCCAUCAGAUUAACCCCCAGACCCCUUACCAAAAACAUCAGGGAGUCCAUCAGAUUAACCCCCAGACCCCUUACCAAAAACAACAGGGAGUCCGUCAGGUUAACUACCAGACCCCAUACCAAAGACCACAAGGGGACAGGCAGGUUAACCACCAGACCCCAUACCAAAGACCACAAGGGGACAGGCAGGUUAACAAUCAGGCCCCUCAGGUACACCCUCCGCGAUGGCAGGUGGAAGCAGCUCUCACUAGCCGAAUACAGGCAUUGAGCUUACUUCUAAAACAGGAGACUGAGAAAAACGAUGCCCUGCAGAAGAAGUACACAACCGAAGUGGCUCACCUGCAGAAAUGGGUAAAAGUGGAACGAUGUGAGGGCUGUGAAUUGGUAAUUGUGCAGCUGAAAGAGGAGCUGAAACAUUUGAACCCGUCCUACGCCAAACCACAGGACAUGUUUUAUUACUCUUUAAAAACAAAAGAGGAGCUUUUGGGUGUAAUUUCUGCCCAAAAAAAAAUGUUACUUGCGCCACACUCAGGUGGUCCAAAGCCGCAGGAGCAGGCCUCCAGCACUGGCCCCAACAUGGAUGCUUUGGAGAAUGAGCUCAAAGCGCAGAUGGCUGCUAAACAGGCUAUGGAAAAAGAGAUGGAAGAGCUAAAAAAAGAGUUGGAGCUCUGUAGAACAUCAGAAACGAAGCCUGAUAAUACAGCUGAGAUGCAGGCGCUCAAAGAUCGUGUUGCAUCUCUUGACAGCCAGCUGCAGGCCGAGAGACUAAGGGCUGAUACCCUCCAAAAAGAACAGGAGGAAUCGAGCUGCAAGCUUCAGGAGACUGACAGCAAGAACUUGAAACAGGUUGAAUUGCUGGAGACAGAGAAAAUUGCUCUGGAGCAGCAGGUAAAAGACCUGCAGGAAGAAGUUUCAAGAAGGGCAGAGGAGAUUUCAAUCAAUACCGAGAAAACACAGGAGCUCCAAGACUCUCUUCAAGCCCUCAGUGCUCAACUGGUGACUGAAAGAAACUGGAACUUAGCCCUCCAGAAUGAUAGGCAGGACUUGUGUUUAAGACUUACAUGUGCAGACCAGCAUUACAGCAAGCAGGUUGAGCAGCUUGAGGCAGAGAAGCUUGCCCUGGAGCAGAAAGUGAAGGACUUGCAGGAGGAUGGUGUUUCAAGAAGAGCAGAGGAUGAAACAAGUAAUACUGAGGGUAAUCAAGAGCUCCAAGAACUUGUGGAAUUGUUUAAAAUUCAGCUGCAGGCUGAAAAAAACAGGACCAAAACCCUUGAGAGUGAACGAGAGGAACUCAAGUCUUCCCUUCAGGAGAUUGCCAACCAGAACCUGAAGCAGGCUAACCAGUCAGAGGCUGAGAAACUUGUCCUGGAGCAGACUGUAAUGGAGCUGCAGGAGGAGAUCAUAAGCAGAGCAAAAACCCAAUUAGUUUAUAUCUCCAAGAUUGAAGAGACCCUUGAUAUUGUAGCUUCCCAAAAUAUUCUUAUGCAGGAAAAGCAGCAGAUAGCUGACGACCUCAUGACACAACUGGAGGAAGUCAGGCAUCAGCUUCUGGACAAAAAUGGCAAAGAACUGAAGCUGAUUGAAGAGGUGACCAAAGAAAACGAGUCUCUGAAACAGACUGUGAGGGAGCUGCAGGAGGAGAUCAUGAGCCGAGCAAAGACUGAAUCAAUGUAUCUCACCAAGAUUGAAGAGACCCUUGAUAUUGUAGCUUCCCAAAAUAUUCUUCUGCAGGAAAAGGGGCAGAUGGCUGACGACCUCAUGGCACAACUGGAGGAAGUCAGGCAUCAGCUUCUGGACAAAAAUGGCAAAGAACUGAAGCUGUUUGAAGAGGUGACAACAGAAAAUGAGUCUCUGCGACAGAAGGUGAGUGACCUGCAGAAAGAGGCCCAAAGCAGAGAGAAGUUUUAUGAAGAUCAGCUGGAGACCUUAAACAGUCAGCUGACAGAAGCAAACAGCACCUGCUUCAAACUGGCAUCCAAUCUAGAAGACCAGGAAGAGGUCUGUCAGGCCCUGCGCAGGGACCUAGUUGAGCUCCAAAAAAUACUCAAGGUCACCGAGGAAACCCCUGAGAUGGAGGAGGUCUCCAAAAUAACACCUGAGACCAUCAAGGAAACCAUAGAGAUGGAGGUGAUCUCUGGAGCAACACUCGAGACCAUCGAUGAAACCAUAGAGAUGGAGGAGAUCUGCAGCUCAAUACCAGAAGUCAUCGAGGAAACACUUGAGAUGGAGGAGGUCUCCAACAUAACAUCUGAGACCAUCGAAGAAACACCUCAGAUGGAGAUCUCCUGGUGGAGGAGGGUUAAAAAGGGAAUGACUCCUAAACAUCGGCGCCAAUAUAAGCAGCAGAUGAAGGAUGAAAACCCCAACCCCACACCAUAAAAACAAACACACACACACACAGGCCAUCACAGGCCAAUAGGUAGGCACAUAGGAACAUGUCAGGUCCUGACAGACUGAAGCUACUGCUUUCUGUCAGUCAGGACUUAACACGUUUCUCUGUGUCUGUGUGGUUUCCUCCGGGAUAGCUCCGGUUUUCCCACACACACCAAAAAACAACAAACAAAACAACAAAGACAAAAAAAUAAAAUAAAAUAAAAUAAAAAUAAAUGUUUUUUAAAAAUAAAUAAAUAUAUAUAUAUAUUUUUAAAAAAUACAAAAAAAAACUUUACAAAAAAAAAUAACAAAAAAAAUUAAAAAUUAUGUAAAAUAAUAAUAAUUUAAUAAUAAUUAAUUAUAUAUAUCUAAUCAAUUUAUAUAAUUAUAAUAAUAAUAAUUAAUUUAAUAAUAAUAAAAAAAUUUAAAAAUUAUAAAAAAAAAAUAAUAAUAAUCAAAAAAAAAAAAAAAAAAAAUCCCCUCCUCGGGCUACCACCUUAACGUGGUGGAGGGGUUUGCGUGUCUCAAUGAUCCCAGGAGCUAAGUUGUCGGGGGCUUUAUGCCUCUGUUAGGGUCACCCAUGGCAAACAGUUCCUGGGGCAGGGAUCAGACUAAGGGUAGCCCAAAUACAAACCUAAUGAAGAAUACAAUAUUUGAUAAUGUGUUUCCUUGGCCUGUACAUGGGUCACCAGGGCCACCACCUGGAGCUAGGCCUGGGAGUGGGGCUCAAUAACAAGCGCCUGGUGGCCGGGCCUGGCACAGCCAGAAGAGGCCCAUGGGAGGGGCCAGAGGAGUAGAGUGCAGUGUGAGUUUGGCAGCAGCAGAAGGCUGGGACCUUGGCAGUCCGAUCCUUGGACUCACCUCCACACAUAGGCUGUGUCUCAUUUCAGAGACCGCAUCGGGAUAAGCGCGCUUAGCUGAGCGCACUGCCAUUAUGUGCCAUUAUGUACCCUUCCUAUGUCCCAUUUCAGAGACCGCAACCGUCGAACGGCGCAUUUGAAGCAUGCGUGAGGUCAUCAUGCGGCACUAACGGUGUCCCAUUUGGCACAAAAUGCUUAGCGUGCUUCAAAUUCGGUCUCAAAACCACACUGCCCCCGCCCCUUUUUCAAGUGUGCAUUUAUGCACACUUUCGUGCCGUUGGUAUCCCAGAAUUCUUUGCGUGCCGCUGCACACCUGCGCAUUUCGGGUGAGAGGCUGGACUCGCUUGGAGACACAGCGCGUCUUCAAAGAAAAUACAAGAAAUCCAAAAACAGCAGACAGUCAGCUCAGGCUGUAUGAGAGCAUGAUCUCUGAACUCACUAAAGUCUGUUAACCAAACAUUAUACUCUUUAGAGACGAACUGAUCUGCUCUGCUACAACAAUCAGAAACGUUAGAAAUAAGAAAGCUGACAAAACUACAGCAGAGGAUCAGGACAACAUUGAGGUUUUUUUGCUUGUCUGAGCUCGACUCCCUCUGGAUCAUAAAUGUUGAUCAUCAGUUGGAUUGUUUCUUCAGAAACCACAAAAACUCUCUGAAUGACCCACUGAUACAUCCACCGAUAACCCUGCAGAUGACCAACUUCAGUCAUUUCUCCCUCCACAAAAGCAGCUUUAUGACUUUAUUUACUUUAUUCUCCUAAAUUUACAACUUUAAUCUCUUAAUCUUAAAAGAAAAAGAAAAACUCAAUGUUGUCCUGAUCCUCUGCUGUAGUUUUGUCAGCUUUCUUAUUUCUAAUGUUUUUGAUUGUUGUAGCAGAGCGGAUCAGUUCUUCUCUCUUCUACUCUACCCUGCAGGUGCCACUGGUGAGAGGCACCAUGCAGGGGUGGCAAUACUUAUUGCUCCCCGGGUUGGUGCCUGUACAAUUAUUCUUAUUGUUGUAUCGAAAAGUAUAGCUCUUAAGAAAAAUUCUCCAUAUUCAACCUUUAAAGUAAAAAUGACACAAAGUUUAGACAAAAAUCAUGGUUCCUUUCUAACACUUGUUGUCUCACAACUACAGCACACUGAAUGUGGACAGCACAGGCAAACGCCUUUAACAGGCCCCAGUGUCCUAAUGGAUAAGGCACUGGCCUCCUAAGCCAGGGAUUGUGGGUUCGAGUCCCAUCUGGGGUGAUUUGCAGCAGAGUGGCGCAGCAGAAGGGUGCUGGGCCCAUAACCCAGAGGUCGAUGGAUCGAAACCAUCCUCUGCUAGCUAUCUUUUCCUGUGCUUUACACAAAGUGCACAGCACUCUACAGGCAGUCUAUGUGGGGGAAAAUAACAGAUGUGGUUGGAUGUUUUGGAGGUUGCUAUGAAGCAAGAAAACAGGACUGCAACACAGUCAUGGUGAACUGUGUUGCAAUAACAUAAACUCUAUCACACUUGAAACUCAGGUGUCAAGCUUCUCCAAGGCUUCUACCUACCAUUUGGCAUUUGGAACCCAUUUAUUUAGCUCACUGCAUUGAUGCUCUGUCGUGUAAGUCACUGAAUGUGGACAGUAGGCUGUAUUGGGACAAAGGAAAAAGUGCCUAGAAAGUGAAUUUCGUUCCACUACGCUGGUGCUACUUGUUCAAUGCCCAUUGUGCAUCCAUACGUUCACAGGUUGUGACUCGACCAGUGCCUUUCAUGGCAAGGGCAAAAGAAAAACAUUUUCUGUUGCUUGUCAGAAAGAAGAAUACCUGACUGGGUUUGCAAAUCUGGGCAACAGUUUUUCACCUUGACCAAUUCACCUUUAACACGCUGAGUAAUUAUGUGUGCCACCUGUAUGGCCAGUCAUCUGCCAAAAAUGUAAAUGAUGCCAGAUACAAAUCUUUCUGCAUGGCCUCGUCAGCUUUGCCAGAACUGUCCAUUCCCCCAACAAGUGACGCCCUGUACCAACACUGCAUGAGAGCAAACUACCAAGCAGCGGUGACGAAACAUUCUCUGACUGGUAAAAUCUGUGCCCCUUCACACAUUGAGGAUGGGGAGUUGGCAGUGACAUGGAUGACUACAAAUCCUGCCCCUGAUAGUGUUUUGCAGAUAGUCCACUGUAGUUGCAAGACAACCAAAUGUGAGACUGAACAAUGUUCUUGUAUGUCUGCAAUACUGUCUUGUACAGAUUUAUGUCGGUGCCAAGCAUGUGAGAAUGCUUCAAAAGACACAGAAGAAAGAGCUGUAUGGGAUGAUGACUCUGAUGAAAGUGAUCGUGAUGCGUAAUAUACGCACCAUGUCACCAUGUACAGUUUGUUUUGUUUAAAGGAUUGCUACACCAAGAUUUGCGAUUUUUAUUAUUUUUAUAUUUGUUCUACAUUUGUCUGCGUUUGUGUUUUGAUCUUUAUUUUCAUAUUCUGGAGGGACUGAUAAAUGUCAGAUGUUUUGACACUGUGAAACUUGAAUAAAUGUUUUAUACCAUAUUUUGAAUUAAUCCAGACUUUUGGUGCAUUUAUUUUUGUCUUGUUACAUUUUUUCCAUUAUUCCAAUUUUGGGGGGCGUGGUAGCAAUUCGAUUGAUUUUCAGCCAUGUAUGGCCAUGGUGUGCUGUUUAUACUUUAGAGACUCUGGCCAUUUUUAUAGAGUUAAAUGCAAAAAUUCCAAAAUUUUCCCUAUCUCACAAUGAUAAAGAAUCCUUCAAAAAAUUCCUGGAUCCAGAAGGUGAUCCGGAUCAACACCAAAAUGUAAUGGGAUCCUCCUGGGGCUGAGACGCACCUCUGGUGAAAAUUUCAGUUCAAUCCAUCGGUAACUUUCUCCGUACAGUUUCUAACGGACAGACAAACAAACAAACAGACAAACAAACAAACAAGCAAACAAACCAACGCUACCAAAACCAUAACCUCCUAGGCGGAGGUAACUAGCAUCGCUGCUGCCAACAAUCACAAACAAAUGAUGUGCACUCUUCCAAGUUGGCUGGGGGGAUGCCAACAUUACAUGAUUGUUCAACAGAAACACAUUGUUGUUUUUUGGGGGGAAAUAAUCCACUCACUUAAAAUUUCAGAAUAGAUGGUGAAUGCAAAACAAUUUCAAGCAGCGUGGAAGUCGUUAGUGUGCUGACAUCAGUAUGACCCUUAAGCUAGGGUAGCAUCUUUGUGCUCAGGCAAGACCACAAUAGUUGUCUGUUUUUUCCACAAUAGCCUCACAGGCAGUUGGUGUGUAUUUUGAACUCAGCCAUUUAGCUCCCUGCAUUGUUGCUCCAUAGUUUAGCUCACUGAGUGUGAACAAAACAGGUCCCUCUGUAGGCUGUGAAGCCCCAGUGGCCUAAUGGAUAAGGCACUGGCCUCCUAAGCCAGGGAUUGUGGGUUCGAGUCCCAUCUGGGGUGAUUUACAGCAGAGUGGCGCAGCGGAAGCGUGCUGGGCCCAUAACCCAGAGGUCGAUGGAUCGAAACCAUCCUCUGCUAAUUUCUUUCUAACAGUUCAUACAAACAAAUCUAUCAACACUUCCAAGUAGAUAAGGGCAACUUCAAACUAGCAUUGCUGCUGCCAACAAUCACAAACAAAUGAUGUGCACUCUUCCAAUGUGCCUUGCUGGAUGCCAACAUUACUUGUUUGUUCAGCAGAAACACAUUAGGCCCCAACAUGUUCACCACAGGACAUGUGGAAUCCAGGGAGUCAAAAGGUGCUGGAGCACUGAAAGAGUGAGGACCCUGUUGGCCAAACAACUGAAGACAAAUUAAUUUCUAUUCUUUCUGAUCCCUUUUUGUAGAUGGUUUCCUUGUGAGGCAAAAAUCAACUCCCUGUUGCUGCCCCCAUCACAAUGUGGUAUUAAAAAAGUACUUUUGGACAUGGUCAGGAAUGACGGGUAGCCCUAAAAUCUUAAGUGUGGAGUGUGCCUGUACAUAUCUUUAUUUUUUUGGGAAAAUAAUCCACUCACUUAAAAUUUCAGGAUAUAUAGUGAAUGCAAAACAAUUUCAAGCAGGGUGGAAGUCGUUUGUGUGCUGACAUCAGUAUGACCCUUAAGCUAGGGUAGCAUCUUUGUGCUCAGGCAAGACCACAAUAGUUGUCUGUUUUUUCCACAAUAGCCUCACAGGCAGUUGGUGUGUAUUUUGAACUCAGCCAUUUAGCUCCCUGCAUUGUUGCUCCGUAGUGUAACUCACUGAGUGUGGACAAAACAGGUCCCUCUGUAGGCUGUGAAGCCCCAGUGGCCUAAUGGAUAAGGCACUGGCCUCCUAAGCCAGGGAUUGUGGGUUCGAGUCCCAUCUGGGGUGAUUUACAGCAGAGUGGCGCAGCGGAAGCGUGCUGGGCCCAUAACCCAGAGGUCGAUGGAUCGAAACCAUCCUCUGCUAAUUUCUUUCUAACAGUUCAUACAAACAAAUCUAUCAACACUUCCAAGUAGAUAAGGGCAACUUUAAACUAGCAUUGCUGCUGCCAACAAUCACAAACAGAUGAUGUGCACUCUUCCAAUGUGCCUUGGGGCAUGCCAACAUUACUUGUUUGUUCAGCAGAAACACGUUAGGCCCCAACAUGUUCACGACAGGACAUGUGGAAGCCAUGAGCCAAGCAGUGCUGGAGCUAUGGAUGAGUGAGGACCCUGUUGGCCAAACAGCUGAAGAAAAAUUAAUUUCUAUUCUUUCUGAUCCCUUUUUGUAGAUGGUUUCCUUGUGAGGCAAAAAAUCAACUCCCUGUUGCUGCCCCCAUCACAAUGUGGUAUUAAAAAAGUACUUUUGGACAUGGUCAGGAAAGACGGGUAGCCCUAAAAUCUUAAGUGUGGAGUGUGCCUGUGCAUGUUGUUGUUUUUUUGGGGGGAAAUAAUCCACUCACUUAAAAUUUCAGGAUAUAUAGUGAAUGCAAAACAAUUUCAAGCAGGGUGGAAGUCGUUUGUGUGCUGACAUCAGUAUGACCCUUAAGCUAGGGUAGCAUCUUUGUGCUCAGGCAAGACCACAAUAGUUGUCUGUUUUUUCCACAAUAGCCUCACAGGCAGUUGGUGUGUAUUUUGAACUCAGCCAUUUAGCUCCCUGCAUUGUUGCUCCAUAGUUUAGCUCACUGAGUGUGGACAAAACAGGUCCCUCUGUAGGGUGUGAAGCCCCAGUGGCCUAAUGGAUAAGGCACUGGCCUCCUAAGCCAGGGGUUGUGGGUUCGAGUCCCAUCUGGGUUGAUUUACAGCAGAGUGGCGCAGCGGAAGCGUGCUGGGCCCAUAACCCAGAGGUCGAUGGAUCGAAACCAUCCUCUGCUAAUUUCUUUCUAACAGUUCAUACAAACAAAUCUAUCAACACUUCCAAGUAGAUAAGGGCAACUUCAAACUAGCAUCGCUGCUGCCAACAAUCACAAACAAAUGAUGUGCACUCUGCCAAUGUGCCUUGGGGGAUGCCAACAUUACUUGUUUGUUCAGCAGAAACACAUUAGGCCCCAACAUGUUCACCACAGGACAUGUGGAAUCCAGGGAGUCAAAAGGUGCUGGAGCACUGAAAGAGUGAGGACCCUGUUGGCCAAACAACUGAAGACAAAUUAAUUUCUAUUCUUUCUGAUCCCUUUUUGUAGAUGGUUUCCUUGUGAGGCAAAAAUCAACUCCCUGUUGCUUCCCCCAUCACAAUGU